AUGUUCUACAAUCCGAAGGCGACCAAUGUCCUUCUUAAGGAUUAUAAGAAAGCAUUUCAACCAUCCGUGUUCUUAAAACAAUACUACGAAGCUUUCAGUCCGUCCGAUAUAUCCCUCUACCUGAAGCAAAAGCUGCUGUGCUUUCACGACUCCUUUCUCACAGUUCCUAACGGACUGAAAGUACUGGAUUAUGGCGCUGGUCCCUCCAUUGCAUCAGCAAUAUCAGCCGCUACCAAGGCUUCGGAUAUAGUUCUCGCCGAAUACGCCGAGGAAAACAUAGAAUUUCUUGAUCAAUGGCUGAAUUGCGAGCCAAACGCUUUUGACUGGUCCCCUUACUUUACGUAUGUUGUCCAAGAGCUCGAAGGAGGAGGAGAAGAGCAAGUUAAAGAAAGGGAAACUAAGGUUCGAAAACUGAUUAAGGGCUUGGUUCACUGUGACAUCCGCAAGGACCCGCCAAUUCAGCAAGGAUAUGAUACCCAGUAUGAUGUUGUUAUGUGUUCACUUGUACUAGAGGGGGCUUCAAGUACACAAGAAGAAUAUUGUUCAAAUGUAGCCCGCCUUGUCCAGUUAGUGAAGCCUGGAGGAUCGAUAUUUUACUAUGGUGUUGAGAAUAAAAUUGGUUAUUACACCAUUGGGGACAGAAGUUUUCCAAAUAUCCAUAUUACUGAUGAGUUAGCCCUAAAGGCGUUUCGAGAUGCUGGAGUUGAUGAUGCUUCUCUUAAAGAGUGCCCUGUUGGUGAUUGUAAUGUAAAAUUUAUAUUCAUCGGUGGAAAACGCUCUUAA